AUGCUUCGAUUCAGCCGUUUAACAAAUGUGGUCAAGCCAUGCCAAUAUAUUGGACGACGAUCGGUAACGUCAGAAGCUUCGGCAUCAACGGCUGGCCGUAAAUAUGCCCCUGGUUUUGCCGCACCAGAAGGCAGCCGUGAAACUCCAAAGAUUGUCAAUAAGCGACGUAACCUGGCCAACUCUCUUCCUUCUCACAUGGGCAAAUCCGACGCAUCAAAGAAAACUUUUACCAGCCCCAAAAAGCAACAUCGUGAAGACUUGCGUUCUCUCCGUCAUCAAUAUGCUAGCGAAUUACUAGAAAAGCACGGUCGUCGAGAAGCCGCCGCGGCCACCAAGAAGGCUCAAAAUGAGGAACGAUUGCAGCAAUUGAAGGCCACUCUGGCCAAAGAGAAACACGAUGCUUUGGAACAUGAGGCCAAGGUGGUGCAUAUGUUGGAACUGGAUUUGGAAAAGGAAGAUGGCAAACACAUUGAUCGGGAGGCACAACGAGCGUUAAAUCGUGAACAUCACAUCGAAAAGCUGCGUGCAGCACGACGAAAGCACCUUGUUCAACUGUAUGCUUCGAGUGAAUCCUUUGUUACAUUAGAAAAUGUCGAUCAACGAGUAGACGAUAUCUUGAAACAGAAGCUCGGUCCUUACUCAAAGACGCUCGACGACAUGAUGAUGACACCCGACGCCGAUGCCACUGAAAUUGAAAGCAGAAAAGCCCAAUUGAAGGAAGUCAUGGGACUUUAA